CAGAGCAGCAGUGGCAGCGCGCCUGCGCAGUGCAUCCAGGGGCUCUGGCUCGGCGGCGUUCGGUGCUGAAGUGGGGCGGAUGGCAGAAAAACAGCGGCGAUGGACAUUACACCGCAGGAUUCCCAUUUACGAUGUCGUUAAAUAAGCAUCUGGACAUCACGUUUUCACACCUAUCACCCUAGGACACUGACAGCCCAACAGAAAGGGAUGCUGUACUUUCACUGCUCCCUGUACUCUCCAGUCCAUAAAUGACCCUUUCACCGAGAUCCACGGCAGCGUAGGAGACGGCGGCGAGUGAAGCAAAAGGAGCGAGCGAAAUAAGGAAACAAGGACAGGAAGCAGACGUUUCACCUCAGCUCUAGUGUCCCUUUCUGUGCCUGUCGGUCAGGGAUGGUGAGAGCAGUAACCUCUCUUCCCUGUGGUGAAAAGAAGCUCCUCGCCUUGCCCUGCGUCUCCAGCAAGCCAAACAGCCUGUCCGUUAGCCAAACAGACACUAAGACAGUCCACCAGUCAGCCACUCCGUCAACCAGCCUGCUAUUGUCCAGCAACCUAUUACCUCACACCAUGACUGCUCUGUCUGACCUGUUUUUAGGAACUCACUAAUUCAUGCCCCGGAGUGUGAGUGGAGUGGAGAUGAGAAAAAGGCAGGCGGCACACAUCGAGGCCCCACCCCAGGCCCCUGGACAGCCCCGGCCCAACACCUGCUGCCUCUGCUGGUGCGGCUGCUGCAAGUGUCUCUGGAACGAAGACAGGAUGGAGAGGAGUGAACGACAGACCUGCACCAAGAUGGACAGUAUUGAAGCUGCUGAAGAACAACACCCCACUCUAGAGGAGUUGCUGUCGUGGUCACGGAGCUUUGAGAUUAUGCUGCGCUCGUUGAAGGGCCGGGAAGUCUUCCAGGAAUUCCUGCGCUCAGAGUACAGCGAGGACAACCUGCUUUUCUGGUUGGCCUGCGAAGAGCUGAAAAAGGAGAUGGACCCCACGGUGGUGGAGGAGAAGGCCAGGAUCAUAUACGAAGACUACGUGUCCAUAUUGUCACCCAAAGAGGUGAGUCUGGACUCACGGGUCAGAGAAGGAAUAAACCAGACCCUGGCGGAGCCCAGCAAUCUGAUGUAUGAGGAGGCCCAGUUCCAGAUCUAUACCCUGAUGCACCGCGACUCCUACCCCCGUUUCCUCAACUCCUCCGUUUACAGAGACCUCCUGGCCAACAGGAGGCGCACCUGCCUCGACACCUAGACUCCUCCACCCUCCCUCAUCGCCAUCGUACGCCAACGAGACUACUACUUAAACUUCAAAUACUACUAUGGUGCCAGAAGUCGGGUUUGGAAAAUCUCUCCCUCUUUUUUGAUUGAAAAGACUGUAUGACAUCCAAGAUAGCUGGUUGUUUUUUAUUUAUAUUUUUUAAGCAAUUUAUAUCCAGUUCUCCACUGGAGCCAGGUCGGCCUUUGCUGGUUGGUUAUUGGUCAAUUUCAGACCAUUAAUACUGGCCAGUGAUUGUUUUGCUAGCAUUUUGUGCUGUUUGUUACAGUUGACUGGCCAAACCGCCUGUCAGCUAUCUGUUGAAGUGGCCAACCUGAUGGCUGGCUGUUGGUUAACUGUGGACAAGGACUCCCCAGGCGGAGGGGACAGAAACAGAGAGAGAGAGAGAGAGAGAGAGAGAGAGAGAGAGACAGAAAGGACAAGCCAACUGUUCCUGUACUGUAAUAUUUAAACCUCAUGCUUUCUACCCUCACUUUAAUAUUCUCCAACUCACUCUCUUUCAUAUUUUUUGGUUUUUCUAAUUCUGUCCCAUUCCUCAGAUGUUUUGUUUUUAAUUUCAUUAUUGUCCAAACUUGACACCUAGUUGUUGGUGGGGGUUGGGCCGUCUCUGCCCAUUUAACCAGUAGAAGCACUGGCUCUGCAUAUAACUCUCUCUCUCUCUCAACAGUAGCUUGACAAUGUAAGCCGCGGACUGCAACUAUUUUUUGAAUAUUGAGAUGUAUGAAGACAAGGGACAUGUCUCUCUGUCUGGCUGUCUAUGUUCAGUGAAGGGAAAAGGUACACUUCUGCCAAUUUAAAGCUUACUGCAGUUUUUUAUUGAGGAGAUUUGAUGGCUUCUGCAGCAGCAGCACAUACCCAUCCAUCCAUCCAUCCAUCCACCUGUCCUUCCAUCCGUCCGUCCAAGCACUUUCCUUUAGGAUUCUUUAACUGGGAGAAGUAAGGGCUAUAAUUGUGGUUGGGCAGCUACAUGUAUUACUAUUACUCAUGAACUUUAAACAAUCUCUCUCACUGAGAAAAUCACAAUGCCUUUACAUGUAAGGAAACGCAGCAAAAGUGCUGUUGGAAUUUUUCUGGAAAACAACCACAGUUUGUCCAACGAUCCCUACCUCCCAUCUUUUCCCCCUCACCCAUCCUCUUCCCUCCAACUCAGACCAUCACAGCCUGACAAGCACAGGUGCCCAAUGUGGGAGGGUGGUGUUGGUGGUGGUGGGAUGGGGGGGGCACCACUGGAGAAAAUCAAAACAAACCCACAUUGACUCCAAAUAGUCAUCUGAAUUUUGAAAUUCUUGAGCAGAAAAAGAGGGGUUACCUUCUAGUGUUAAACAAUGAAUUGAGCGUUAUGGAAAGCUGGUUCUGCUUGGAGAACUUAAGCAGAUGCAGCAGGCACUGAUGUAAUUGGAAAGGUUACUGAGCCCUGGCCUUUGUCCGUAAGGCUUUAACUUUAGAUGCUGUAGUACAUGACAGUCUCUGGAGAUGAACGUCCAAUAUCACGCUGCAGAUACGUGACCCGGGUGCCAAAACAUUAUGUCAAAGAUGCUGUGAAGCGAUAUUAGAUGUGGCUUGUCACCAGACUUCCCCGGUCAAUCCGGUAAAUGUCUGUUGCUCCAGCAGAUGAAGCUGGGAGAGUGUAUGGCAGUCCUUCAGUUGGCCACUACCUAUUCACAACACUUAUUUUUUUUUACUAGAGCUAGUGAAGAGGGUUGGUAUAAUAAUGCUAACAUGCUACUGUACUGGGCUAGCGAAGAAGUUGCGUAGUAUGCCACAUGCUAGCCCUUUCAACAAGGCUAACUAGGUUUCAGCAUGCUGUAGGCAAGCAGUUAGCAUGCUUGUGCUAGCUAUGCUAAUUCUCCACAGCACUGCCAGCCCUCAAACACUGGUUUGUUUUUCUAAUCUGACUUUGACAGCAUGCGAUAAUGUGUGUAUGAUACAGUUACACACUUAACAGACAUUUUUUUGACAAAAAAAAACCUUUAAGGGGGGUCUUGCCAAAUGUCCCACUAACAUUUUUAGUAUAUUAAAGGACAUUUUGUUUUUAGGUGAUGUUAGCAUUUGAACAUGAACUUUGUUCCUGGCCUGUGGAUGUGCAGUAGAAAGUGCAUGAGUGCAGUAUAUGCUAUUUUUUUUAAUUAACUGGGCCUCCAAGUAUAUUGAAUAUGAUGGAUAGCAGACGUCUUGGUUUGGCGGUUAGUGCUGUCUUAAAGUAUAAUGAAUCAGUGCCGCUCCUCACUGAUAAAUGUAGGCAUCCAUGUUGCCAUCUCCUUCAACUACCUGAAGUUCACGUGCCAAGUUUGGUCUAGAUUAAAUUUAAGAGUAGACAGUGCAGGAUGUCUAGCAGACUAUUGAAGUGCAAUUGGAUGUAGUUAGUGAUUAUAGACUGGAGUCUGUUUAAAGCAGUGUGCCACUAUGUUAGAUUGGUUUUGAAUUGUCAGAAGGUUAUCUUAUACUCUUAUAAAUGACUUACCACAACACCUUGUUUUAAUGCCACUGUUGGAUUGCUCAAGAAACUGGCUGCCUCUGGUUGGCAAGUUUUAUUAGAGGAACUAAAUAAGGAAACAUGGGAUUUUGAGUUUUCCUCUAGACUCAUUUUCACUUUCAAUGUUAAAAAUGCUAACUGGAUGAAACUUCCAGUUCAAAACCAAUCAUAUUACUACAAAAGCUUUCAGUCGUGCAGUAUGGGUUAUAAAUUUGUAGGAUUCACACUGUAAAGUCAAGAAGGCAAGUCUACACCAAUAACCACCAAACAGUUUUACAAUGUUUCUUAUUGAAAAUAUACUAUGUUUAACUGUUGGCAAUGCAGGACUCACAUGCAGACUACAUUCGUACCCACAAAGACUUGAUUGAUAUUGCUUUGCUGCUUUAAUGAAGAGCUGUGCAUGCAUGCGCUCAUUUGAUCAGAAGCAGAGGAAUACGGAGUAAUUAACCAAUUCUCAAUUUUCACACUUACUCCUUGGAGCAGUUUUCAUUUCCAGGAAACAUAAGCAUUUUAGACGAUACAUUUGGAUGACUCUGUAACUUUUUGACUCAGUAGAAGAAUCAUAAAGCUCUCUUGCAGACAAAUCCCUCUUCUGCAUAGUACAGCCAUGUUUCCUUGUCGCUGAGUCUAUACAGUAAUUAACACGAGAAUGUUUCACCAAGAACCAGAUAAUGAAAUCAUGGUGCAAUUAAACCAAGUUUACAUUUAUAAAUUGUGAGAUGUGUGUACCUUAUUAAAUAAUCGUAACAGUGGGCAGUAUACUGUCCCAAGUGUCAGCAGAGAAGCCAGCAGGUUUACGGCUGGCGUGAGACUCUGCCUUGUGCUAACUCUGUUAGCACUUUACAGGGUUUACAUGGAGGACAGACACAGCAGAAACCCAGGUAACAGUGUUUUACAGGGAGGACAGACACAGCAGAAAGCCAGGUUUUCUGCUUACGUUCUUUCCUCUUAAUUUAUUGUGACUUUUACACAGUGCGGAAAAGUACACGGUUGUCUAUUUUUAAUAACUGCAUUUCAGAUGUGGAUUUUACAAGCAAUGAUGAUGAUGUGAAGUGAUGUAGUGUCAUCGCUGAGUUUAGGUUUUUGUCUUUUAAAUUUCCAUGGGUACCAAGUGAGUGGGCUUUUGAAAUGUGGCUGUGGUUUUAUUGACUGAAAAAAAAAAAGGUUGAGAGCUGAAGUGUCCGGAUAGGGUGGAGGAGGUUUGCAAAGCUUUGGCCUUACUGACACAUUUUAUUUUAUUCCUUUGUAUAAAAAAAAAACAACAACAAACGUCUCUGUAGGCUUUUCACUACCUCUCAUGUUGGUUAAUUUAUUUCACAUCUAGUUGUCAAUGUACAAGUUGUUUUUAGAUCUACUUGAAGCCUAACACUGUAAACAAAAUGUGCACAGAAAAAUGACUAUGUAUAUAGCCAGAGGGGUUAAAGAGAGCUUGGCCUAGUCAACAUUAUUUUUUUGUUUGUAUGUAUGUUUGUUUUAAAUUCUGUUGAGCUGAACUAGAUUUUGCAUCUCUGUAAAGAAUUCAGGAAUCCACUGUCUAAGGGCUAAUCCCAUUUUUGCCUAUGCAAAUCUGUUACUGUGGGUGAGUUGGGAAAGGGCAAACUACCGCGCCUUUCACCUGUUUUAGAAGGACCAUGGUUUACAUUGCCCUUUGCUGAUAUUCUUCAAUCUUAUUCAGCAAAAAUGUACGCUUAUUUUUGUUUAUAUAUAAAUAUUAUAUAUAUAUAUAUAUAUACAUAUAUAUAUAUAACAAGUAAUAUACAGAGAAAAUAGUAUAUGCCUUCGUGAUGAUAAAAAAGAAACCUUGCUGAAAACAAAUAAAUGUGUUGUUGUCUGACAUCAUGUGGCUGUGUGCUGGAGUCUUGGUAAGAUGAUAUAGACGACUGUUGAAGUUGACUGACUGAAGAAAACUCAGGCUACAACGCUAGUAGCUGACCCUGUACAGUAUUUGCUGAGGGGAAAACUUUAUUCAUCAUGACUUUCUGUGACAAACAUUGUCAUCCAGCCCCAGCCUGGGAGGUAACUUAGGUAUUCUCGCCACCCAGAACUUGUAAGUUUUAAAGCUAGACUAUGUAACUUUUGUUAAACAAAGGCCCAGUUAAGGGGUGAGGGUGAAUGAUAAAAUGUAAAAAGUAGCACAAAUAGAAAAGAGUCAAGUCAUAAAGUUAGCAAACUGACCCACUAAUAAUUAUGCAGCGAGCUGUCAUUAGUCACCACUAGCUAGUGGUCACACAGACCAAGUAAGGGUACAACAACAAAACCUUUGAGCAUAUUGAAUAGAGCAAAAGUGCGUUUUACUGCUUAUGAAUUCAACUUUUCAGCUGUAAGAGUCGGACUGUAUCCUCAUUCAAAAGUUACAUAGUCUCACUUUGAAGGUCUGAGUCAGAGAAAACCUUGAAACAAGCUGAGUCAUUUAUGUUAUCUGCCUUUGUCAUGUGCACUGUCUAUAUGUAAGUCACAUUUUAUAACCAGUAAUUAAUUAAUAAAAUUUAAGACAUUCCA